AUUAUCAUGUUAAGGUGGUGAAAACUAAAAAUCUUGCCAAAUUUAUUAGUGGACAUUAGACAAAGAUGGUUAGUAAGUAAUUAAGGUCAUUUCAAUCUCAGCUAAAAUUUUCAUCACCAAGGAAAAAAAAAAAGAAAAAAAACAUGAAAAAAAAUCAAUAAUUCCAACUUUUAUUUUUCCUUAUCCGUGAUUUUGGACUUUUUAUUUGGGCAUGAUUAUCUAUUGAUUAUAUUUAUAUUAGACAUCACCUCCUUUGAAUAGCGUGCCCCAAAUUCUCAUCUUUCCUCCUCACCCUCAAAUUCUCUGAUCUGAUCAAUAUUAUUACUAUUAUUGCACUAAAAUUCAUAGUUUAAACAAAAUCAAAUCAGAAAUUAAAAGCAUUAAAAAGUUUCAAUCUUUCCAAUCACCUAGUUGCAGAAAAGCUUCAAAACAGCAUCAAUGGAGGCUCCUGCUCAACGUCGGUUGCAAGCUAUUCAAUCCCACCUUCUUCCUCUUUCCAUUGACGAUGAUCCAAACUCUAUUAUCACCCGCAGUCAAACUGCUGGAGAAUUUUACCUAGGUGAAAAGUAUAGUGCAGUCCUUCCUGAAAAGUUACAGACAGGAAAGUGGAAUGUGUACAGGUCUGCUCGGUACCCUGUGAAUCUUGUCACUAGAUUCCCAAACCAUCCAGAGAUUGGGACAUUGCAUGAGAAUUUUGUACAUGCAGUUGACAGUUUCCCAGAUUACAAAUAUUUGGGUACAAGGGUGCGUGUGGAUGGAACAGUUGGAGAGUACAAAUGGAUGACUUAUGGAGAAGUUAGCAAUGCUCGGUCUGCUGUAGGAUCUGCUCUUCAGAACUAUGGUCUGUCAAAAGGCAUGAGCGUGGGACUUUAUUUUAUCAAUAGACCAGAAUGGGUGGUUGUGGAUCAUGCCUGCUCAGCUUAUUCAUAUAUUUCAGUUCCUUUGUAUGAUACACUUGGUCCAGAUGCUGUUAAGUAUAUUGUUAAUCAUGCAGAUGUGCAGGCCAUCUUUUGUGUUCCAGAAACAUUGAAUUCUUUGUUGAGCUUUUUGUCAGAGAUUCCAACUGUGCGUGUUAUAGUGGUAGUAGGCGGGGUGGAUGAGCACUUGCCCUCUCUUCCUCAGGCAGCAGGAGUUAAACUAGUAUCUUAUUCAAAGCUAUUAAGUCAGGGCCGAGCUAAAAUUCAACCAUUUUCCCCUCCUACCCCGGAUGAUGUUGCCACAAUAUGUUAUACUAGUGGUACAACUGGUACUCCAAAGGGAGUUGUAUUGGCACACGGAAAUUUAAUUGCAAAUACUGCUGGUGUGAGCACUAAUGUCAACUUUUGCUCCUCUGAUGUCUAUAUAUCCUAUCUUCCAUUGGCACACAUUUAUGAACGAGCCAACCAAAUCUUGGUAGCCUACAAUGGCUGUGCUGUUGGCUUUUAUCAAGGGGACAACUUGAAACUGAUGGAUGAUCUGCUGGCAUUGCGACCAACCAUUUUUUGUAGUGUUCCUCGGCUCUACAACAGAAUAUAUGCUGGAAUUAUCAACGCUGUAAAGACUUCUGGGGCUCUGAAAGAAAAGCUUUUCAACGUUGCCUAUAACUCAAAGAAGCAAGCAAUAAUAAAUGGGAAAAAUCCGUCGCAAAUCUGGGACAAGCUAGUAUUCAAUAAAAUUAAGGCCAAGCUUGGUGGCAGAGUUCGCUUAAUGGCUUCUGGCGCUUCACCAUUAUCCUCUGACGUCAUGGACUUUCUGAAAGUGUGCUUUGGUUGCCGAGUACUUGAAGGAUAUGGUAUGACUGAGACCUCCUGUGUCAUAAGCUCAAUGGAUGCAGAUGACAACAUGUCAGGUCAUGUUGGUUCCCCUAAUCCUGCUUGCGAGGUGAAACUGGUUGAUGUUCCUGAAAUGAAUUACACAUCUGACGAUCAGCCAUAUCCUCGUGGUGAAAUAUGUGUUCGGGGCCCCAUUAUUUUCAAAGGCUACUAUAAAGAUGAAGUGCAGACGAGAGAAGUAAUUGAUGAUGAUGGUUGGCUUCACACUGGAGAUAUUGGGUUGUGGUUACCUGGAGGUCGCCUCAAGAUCAUAGACAGGAAAAAAAAUAUUUUCAAAUUAGCUCAAGGAGAGUACAUAGCACCAGAGAAAAUUGAGAACGUAUAUGCCAAGUGCAGAUUCGUAGCACAGUGCUUUGUAUAUGGUGACAGCUUAAAUUCCUAUUUGGUAGCAGUUGUCGCUGUCGAGCCAGAUGCAUUAAAGGAUUGGGCUUCAGGGGAGGGCAUCAAGUAUGAGGAUCUAGGACAGCUGUGUAGACAUCCAAGAGCAAAGGCUGCAGUUCUUGCUGAUAUGGAUGCUUUGGGAAGAGAGGCUGGGUUGAGAGGGUUUGAAUUCGUGAAAGCUGUGACCUUGGUACCGGAACCAUUUACCGUCGAAAACGGUCUUCUUACUCCAACACUAAAGGUAAAGAGGCCUCAAGCUAAGGUCUACUUUGAGAAAGAAAUAGGAGAAAUGUACGCACUACUUUCGAAAGCUGACCCAACGAGCAAAUUGUGAUGAAAUUUGGUCUGUGAAAGAAGUUUAAGGUAACAGUCCAUUGGUAAAUAACUCGAGGCCAACAUCCUGUCGUUUGUCAAGGGAUAACGAGGGAAGAUUUGCUUGUAAUCUCCCUGAUUCUGCUAGUAUUAGUAUUUGUGUUAACCUAGCAGGAUUAUUAAUUAAUUUAUUUAUUAUUUUGGGGAUCAUUUUUGCUCUAAAAAUAGAAAAAAAGAAAUGUCUAUAUAUUUAGUAUAUUAGCAGGUUUUUGGAAGGUGGCUUACUGUGCCUGCUAUUUGUAAUUUUAUAUUACUCCGUAGCUUGGUAUAUGAUGCACACUUGCUGUAAUACGAAUAUACGAUGCAUGUUGUAAAAUUCUGUUAAAAUAAACUGUACAUGGUUAUACAUAUUGAAUAUUACAGUACUUCCCGUCUUA